AUGAAGCUGAAGGUGUCUGCUGUAGUUCUCAAUCUUCUGUUAUUGGCGAUAGUCCAGGGAUCAGAAUCGGCACCAACUGAUAUAACCGAACAUCAUCAUUUCCACCACGGGCCACCGAUUUAUCACGAUCAUCCUCAUUUCUAUGAACCACCGAUUUAUCACCAUCAUCCUCAUCAUCACCACCACCACUCUCAUUACCACGAACCUCAUUAUCAUUACCACCACCCUCGUCAUCACCACCACCAUGGUGGAUAUGGCGACUACUAUGGCGACGGCUACAGUAGGGACUACUAUGACUACCCCUAUGGCGACUACUAUGGCGACGGCUACGGCGACGGCUACUAUGGCGGCUACUAUGGUUACCCCUAUGACGGCCACUACAACGGAUACUAUAGCGACUAUUAUGGUGGUUCCGAGAGCUAUUUUACAAAACCACCUACGGAUACUCCUCAAAGUGACGGGUUAACAACUUGA